AUUGUGAUGAGCAAGGCAAGGUUGAGCAGAGACCGAAGAGUGGCUCCAGUGGGGGUCUCUAGAGUCACCCGCAGCUCCAUGAUGAGCCCUCAGGACUGUGAGCGCAGCAGAGCUCCAGAUUCCGGCCUGCUGGACGAGCUCAGCCUCAUGAGUGUCAGUGAACAGCAGGCCUCAGCCGCACGGAAAGGCAGUAGUAAACCUGCUCUCUCCUCACCCUCUGGACGCUCUGUGUCACGCGGGACUCUGGAAACCAUCAGCAGGCUGAUAAAGCUCGGACGUGUGCGAAACAUUGUGGUGGUUGCUGGAGCAGGAAUCAGCACAGCCAGCGGGAUCCCAGACUUUAGGACUCCAGGAACGGGUCUCUAUGCAAACCUAGCAAAGUAUGACAUCCCUUACCCAGAGGCCGUCUUUAACAUUGACUACUUCUCUGACAACCCUCAUCCCUUCUUCUCACUGGCCAAAGAGCUUUAUCCUGGACAUCACCGGCCCAACUACGUCCACUACUUCAUCCGGAUACUACAUCAGAAAGGCCUGCUGCUCCGAAUGUACACCCAGAACAUCGACGGCCUCGAAAAACUUUGCGGUAUUCCUGAUGACAAACUUGUGGAGGCUCAUGGGAGUUUUGCCACCGCUGCCUGUCACCUCUGCUAUACUCCUUAUCCUGCAGAGGAAGCCAAGCAAGCUAUAAUGAAUGGGAGUGUUCCCAUCUGCACAUUCUGCGCCGGGGCCGUCAAACCUAAUGUUGUGUUCUUUGGAGAAGAUCUGCCGGAAAAAUACUUCCAACAUGCUGAAGAUUUCCCAAAAGCAGAUCUUCUCAUGAUCAUGGGCACUUCUUUAAAGAUUGAGCCCUUUGCCAGCCUGAUAAACACAGUGAAGUCCCCAGUUCCUCGUCUCCUGCUGAACCGUGAUGCAGUUGGGCCCUUUGAACGGAGGCCCCUGAGAAGAGCUGACUACAUGGAGCUGGGAGAUCUGUCCGAAUCUGUCCGCAAACUAGCAGAGAUCCUAGGGUGGCACACUGAGAUCCAGACCCUGAUGAACAGCAAUGAGAACAGCCUUUAUUCAUACAGCAGCAGCAGUGGUGAGAACAGUGGAGACUCUGAGACAGACAGCAUGCACUGAUAUCACUCUCAAAUCUCCUUGUGUAUGGAAAUUUAUUACUCUUUACAUCUGAAUGUUGUAUGUCUGUCUUUUCCUGAUCACAUGAGAACAGCCUUAUUUGGUCAAACGGUGAAACCUGGCCCCUCUGGUGGCAUUAUUUUAAACAGGAAAAGAAAUCAUUGUCUGCAUAGUGUUCGCUGCUUUUGACUGAACCCCUGUCGUCCAGUUCUUGCACUUGAGGCCGUCUGUAGGAAGACUGUACUGUAAUCUAAGCAGAAAACUGUAAGUAUGGCACAUCUGCACUUCCUGACAGAAAAAUAACGUGUCUGGGUGCUGCUGAGAAGACAAAAUGAACACAUGGCACUUACUUUAUUCAUUUAGGAAGGCUGAUUGUUUCUGGACUAGCCAAAAAUGAAUCAUGCUAAAAGCUACUUUUCCAUUUUACAAACCGUAUUUAGGAUUUGAGGGAAUAGUUGGUUGUGAGUGGGUGCAGAUAAGAGUUAAAAGGUGGUUCACUUUUAAUUUUUUAUUAUGAUAUACUUCAUGUUGUUUCAAACCAAGCGGAUAUUCCUUCAUUUUUGUAGCAGAAUCUUUUUUGUAAAUUGAUUAUAUAAUCCAAGGUAAAAAUCUUUAGGUAAAAAUUUGGCACUUCAAAAAGAAAUGUGUGAAUCCUUCUUAAGAGGGUUCUUACGCUGCUUCAUAAGAUUUUUAUUAAGCUUUUUAUUUGCAUAUGAAUAUUGAUCACCAAACGUAAACCAGUUCCGUUAUACCUGCCUGACACAAAAACAAGCCCCUUAAUGUUUCUUGUGGAGUCAAUAUAGAGCCUCAUUAGUUCUUGUUGAGCUUAAAUGUGCAGUGUGAUGCGAGAAUGAACCUCAUUGGUUCUUAAAGUGAUUAACCUAAAAGUAAAACUAAAUGUACUCGCUUUCAAGUGGUUCUAAACUUUUCUGAACGUCUUUCUUCUGCUGAAUACACACAUAUUCUGAAGGAAGAACUUUUACAUGCAUGGUAGGAACAAAUAAUGCUAUAGAAGUCGAUUGGCUGUCUUUUUCCCCAACAUCUUUGUAUUCAACAGAAGAAAGAAAUUCAAACCGGUUUGGAACAUGGAGGAUGAGUAAAUGACCAUGACGUAAUUGAAUAACUAUCCCCUUAAAAUCAAACAUGGCUCAACAUGCAAAUAAUGGCUCUCUUUGGUUUAAUUAACUUCAUUUGUGUUGUUCAAAAUCAAUUAGACUUUAGUUCAUCUUCACAACACAACACACAUUGACUGGUGUGUGAACUAACCUUUCAAAGGAUUAAUUCACCCAAACAUUCACAUUUUUAUUCUGUUAUUAUUACUCCACGUAAUCUCCUGAGACUUUGUCGUCUUCAGAACACAAAUUUAGAUAUUUUAGAUGGUCCAGGAGCUCUCUGACCCUCAGAGUCUAUAGACAUUCAGUCGAAAAACAUUGUCAGAACAUGUGACUUCAGUGAUUCAACUGUAAUCAAACGAAGCUCCAAGAGCAAUUUCUUAUGGCAAAAAAGAACUGUAAAUGACCACGUUUGCCUGUGUUCUGCAUCAGAUGAGGGUGUGCAUUUGCAAUACAGUGUUUGUGUUGAGCAGGUGACGCUAAAGGUAAUAUGUCUUACUGCCUGUAGAAAACGUGCAUCCUGAUAACCUGACGGAGAAGAGAAAACGUUGAACAGUUGUUUUUGCUCCUUUAUUUUUUGUGGUGGGUGUUCUUGGAGCAUCAUAUGAUCACAAUUGAGCGCCACUGAAGUCGUGUUCUGAAAAUGCUUUUGGUUUCUUUUCUGGAGUCUCAAGACCUAUUAUGGAGGAUGAGGGAGCUCUUGGAUUUCAUGUAAAAUGUCUGAAUUUGUGGAUCAACAUGAGGGUGAGGGA